AUGACUGUUUCUGUACUAGUGUCUGGAAUGGUCUGCAAGUUAGUUAAGUCCCUCUAUGGACUUAAGCAAUCAAGCAGGCAAUGGAAUGCAAAACACACUGAGGAGCUACUCCAACUUGGCUUUGUUCAAACAUUGGCAGAUCCUUCUCUAUUCACUAAAGGAACAGGUGACAGCUUUGUUGCCCUACUUGUAUAUGUAGAUGAUAUGGUCUUGGCAAGUCCAGAUGAGGCACAAAUCCAUUUCAUCAAGGAACACCUGCACAAUGCCUUUCAGAUCAAGGAUCUAGGCCAUCUUAAAUAUUUCUUGGGGCUGGAAAUAGCCAGAAACAGGAAGGGUAUUUGUAUCAACCAAAGGAAAUAUGCUUUGGAGCUCUUGGAUAGCAGUGGUUUUGUACACAGCAAACCUGUCAGAUCUCCUAUGGUGCCUUCAAAAAAGUUAAGUAAGGAGAGUGGAACCAGGUUAAUAGACACUACUCAGUACAGGAAGUUAGUGGGGAAACUCCUAUACCUCACCAUAACAAGGCCAGACAUCAGCUUUGCAACACAACAACUAUCCCAGUUCCUAGACUGCCCAACAGACAUUCAUCUACAAGCAGCUCACAGGAUUCUCAGGUACAUCAAAGGGGCACCUGCCCAAGGUCAUUUCUUCCCAGCCAAUAAUCAGCUAUGUUUAAAAGGAUUCUCUGAUUCAGAUUGGGCUGCUUGCCCAGAUACUAGAAGAUCAGUCUCUGGUUUCUGCAUAUUCUUAGGAUCAGCCUUGAUUUCUUGGAAGGCAAAGAAACAAGUGACUGUGUCUAGAUCCUCUUCAGAAGCAGAAUAUAGAGUAAUUGCUGCAACUUUCUGUGAAAUCCAAUGGCUAUGUUACUUGUUGAAAGCCAUGGAAGUUGAUAUGCCCACACCUGCUGUUUUGUUCACUAAUAGCAAAUCAGCAUUGGCUAUUGCUGAGAACCCUGUAUUCCAUGAAAGAACAAAAAACAUUAAGUUGGAUUGCCAUCUCAUAAGGGAGAAAUUGCAGAAUGGAAUAAUCAAGUUGCUACAUGUUUCAUCCCAAAAUCAGCUAGCCGAUGUAUUCACCAAGCCUCAUGCUCCAAACACUUUUCUUUCCUUCAUAACCAAGCUUGGUCUACAUAAUAUGUAUGAUCCAGCUUGCGGGGGGAUAAUAGAAGACAAGCAAGCCAAUCAGUCAAAGAUGGACAGUCAGCAGAAGCAGAAUGAAGAAGCAGAAUAG